AUGUCUAGCCCUCAAUCUAAUAAUACCAGAUCAGAGCUCCUGGCCACAACGAUCUUAGUGGAGGGAUGUUUCCCCACGCUAAUUGCUACCGGCGCAAGCGAUGACGGUCACCAUAAACACGUAUCCUACCCUGUCAUCGAUGCGCGCGCGUUUGUCAAAAGCUUCCAGAGUGAUGGUCAUGGGAGAGAAGUGUCAGUGCCUGUGCCAAUCGAAGUUGAAGAGGCGGCGAAGGAAUACAUGGACAUGGUCGGUCGCGUGUGCGAGCGACUGCAAAGUGAACCCCCACUGCCCCAAUGGGAUGGGACCAUCACAGCAUUUCGACAGUACACUAAUCGAGCUCACACACGCCGACAAAACCAGCUCUCGGAGGUCGUGCCCCACGUUUACGCCUCUAGAGACACAUGGCCAUUCACUUGUCGCGUUCACGCGAAUGUCCAAGAGCUUCUAGAGGAUGGCGGGCAGCUGUUGGGUCCGGAAGACCAGCCUAUGGAGCCAUCCCACUACGCAGAUAGGUUAACCCGCACGGUGAAAAGUGCAAAGAACCUCGAUCUACUCAGUCAUGUAUCACCAGGAACUAUCAAGAUAGUUUUUACUACUCAUCUCACUGAACCCUUGAGACUGGUGAAAAAAGACGCCGACUCAUCCAACAACGAGGGGGAAGACAUAAGACCGCUGCAUGACUGGGGGUUGCUUUAUCCUCAGGAAAGUGUCGAGUGUCAAGUCACAGAUGAUUCUCCCGAAUGGAUCAAGAGAAACAGGGCAGCCCAAGAAGCCUACCGGCAAUCCAUCAUCGAGGCGAUUGGUGAUUCAACUGACCCGGGGACUUCAGUAGAACUGACUGUAGAGACAACUGCUGACGACUUUGUUCAAGACACAAAGCGUUACGAGCAGCUUCUUUUCAGAGAGGCAGCAUAUAUUACCGCCAAUCAGGUGUCUUUUAGAGAAGGUGAGACGCAUAGGGUGGGAGCACCUUCGAUCGAUACGGACGACUUAGAGAUGGAAGAUGAUGAGGGGGAGCUUGUAGAUGGCCAUUUGGUCAAAGCUGUCUGGCUUGACCCUUCCAUGUUUGCUGUUCUAACCGGACAGCAGCCGAAAGGACGAGAAUUCUACUCCAAGAAGUUUUCCGAGUACAAGACUUCUAUUGAAGAAGGUCUUGCCACGAUGCGGAGAGAGGUUGAACAAGGGAGGAGCGAGGUAGACGACUUUGUCCCAUCUGGAGCGAGAGAAUGGGGGACCUGGACCCAGCUAUCGGAUGUGUAG